AUGACUACUUCUCCAUUCCCUAUCCGCUGCCGUGGUCUCCUCUUCGAUAUGGACGGCACGUUGGUCGACACAACAGUAAUCGUCGAACGCCACUGGAAAGUCUGGUGUGAGCUCCACAACGUUGAAUACUCCCGCCUAAUCGCCGUCUCCCACGGCCGCCCCUCCUUCGAGAUCAUGAAAGAAUUCGCCCCUCUCGAAAAACAGAUCGAAUACCAAACCCCUGAAUACCUGACAAAACUCGAAUCUGCAGUCGCCAACGACAAGAACGGCAUGAUCCUCAUCCCCGGAGCCAAGGAGCUUCUCCAGUCGUUGCCGAAGGGAACUUGGGCGGUGGUGACGAGUGCUGGGUUGGAAAUGGCCCAGUCGAGGUUUCAGCAGACCGGUUUGGCAACGCCUCCGAUCAUGGUCACGGCGACCCAUGUCUCGCGGGGGAAGCCUCAUCCAGAGGGAUACAUGUCGGGGGCGAAACAGUUGGGGGUUCCCCCGAGCGAGUGUGUGGUCUUUGAGGAUGCUCCUGCGGGGAUUCGGGCUGGUGUUGCGUCGGGGGCAAAGGCAGUUAUUGGAAUGAAUACGGGAACUAUGCCUUUGGAUCAUUUGGUUGAGGCGGGGGCGAACCCGAUUGUGAGAAGCUUUGAGGAGUUGGAGUUUUCGUUCCUCGAGGAUGGAAUCAUUGAGAUCAACCUCCGGGAAUCUCAGGCUUAA